AAUUUUUUGCAGAAAAAAUUUUAUUUGUGCAAUUUUUGAUUUGAACGUUUGGCUCUUGCUAUUUAUAUAACAAAUUGAUGGCUAUUUUGAAUUCCAAAAGAUUCUCAUUACGUACCUCGUACGAAUGAACUGGCAAAGAAAGUCAAGCUUAAUAAGCAUUUGUAAGUUUUGCCACCCAGAUGAAAUAAUUUCUUUUAAAAAAGCUUGUAAGAUAUAACAUAGCAGGCUUCUACUAUGGUGUUUGUGGGAGUGGCAAAUGGAUGACACAGUCUGCCACCAUCUGUUGAAUGUCAAAUAAGCACAGUAGGACCCAUACUGUCAGGAUUUAGGUGUGAUUUGAAACGUCAUGGAUUUUCCGGUACAUCUGCGUCACGAUAUAGCGCCAAAAAAGCGGCGCGAUGAAAAAUGCGUACGUCUGAAAUAAAUAAACUUUGCGAAAAAACUACAGUGAAUUGACUUUCCAUAUUUUAGAGACUAAACGAGGAGUUAUCCGUCUAUUGAAAAACUGUAAGCUUUUGUCAAUGCACUGUACAGAGUUAAUUGGCUAAAUAAACUCUUAUCUUACAGUUAUUUCUCUCAAAUCCAGAACACUGAAAAAUUGACGUGUCCGAAAAUGCUUUUGUAUAGCGAGGGACUAUAUUGAGAGGAAAUUGUUUCCAAAUACGAAAUUGGCUUAAAAUUAAUAAAAUGGUCAUAUAUAUAUCCAGGUUUUAGAUUUUGAAGGGAAUUUCCCGAAUUUCUCUCUAGUUGAGGAAUAGUGGCCAAAGUUACGAUGUUUCCAAGGUCAAAUUUUACCGCUCAGUGCGACUUUGAUGAACGCAAGCUCAGUCUGAACGACAAAAUUUCAGUAGAAGGCUACAUGAAUAUAAAGUCUACAUACCCCACAAUCAUAAUAUCGUAUUAGACUUGCUAAGUUUGCAUUUAUUUGAAGUAUAUAGCCAUUUUUCGACCAAGUUUAAAUUUUUACAAAAUUUGAGCCCGACGUUACGUCCUGGCGCGAGAAAACGACGUUAUAUCACUCUGCAUCGACAGUAUGUGUCCUACUGAGCAGUUUCUGACAGUUUAGGAUCAUGGCUAACAAAAUAUAAAAAUGAACAAAAAUAUAAAAGGGGAAAUAUCCUUUAAUAAGAUUAAAUAUGCAAAAAAAAAAAUAAAUAAAUAAAUAAAAAAAUUGCUGCUUUUUUGACUUUCUGUUAUAUGUUUUGAUGGCCAUUUUGACUUUUUUGCUGAAAGUAACACACUUAACUGUAUUCACUAGUCCCACUGUGCUCUGCUAAUAGGACAAACAUUUAAAGAAGCUCUUGAUAAAGUAUACCCGGCGACUUCUGGUCGUUUUUCUAUUUUUCCUCAUAAAUUGACAGCCAUAUUGAUAAAUGCUCAAUGUUUCAGAAGUAGCAACCACGCUAAUUUUGCUUCUUUUGACAUGAAGAAUGCAUUUCAACAAAAAAAGUUUAGGAAAAAACACUGCAGGGUUAGCGUUCUGGCUUCUUGACUAACUGGGUCAUCCAACAUCUCAAAUUAUGGCAACUGGAUCUUUAGUCUGCUUAGAUGACUUCGAGAAAUAUGCCUUUGGUAAACUUGAUAGAAAUGCGUUAGACUACUACAGAAGUGGCGCAAAUGACGAGCAGUCUCUCAGGGAUAACAGAGCUGCAUUUGGAAGGUAUAGAUUUCGGCCACGGUUUUUACAAAAAGAUGUCUCAAAGAGAGACUUGUCCACCAGGAUCCAAGGGCAGCCAGUUGACUUCCCUGUAGGAAUCGCGCCCACAGCCUUGCAAAGGAUGGCACACCCUGAUGGAGAGGUAGCCACUGGAAGGGCUGCAGCUGCAAUGAAAACCUGUAUGGUUCUCAGCACAAUGGCUACCUCCAGUAUAGAAGAAGUGGCCCAGGCAUCUCCAGAGGGUCUGCGUUGGUUUCAAAUCUGCAUCUACCGUGAUCGGGAAGUGACUAAAGAACUAGUGAGAAGAGCAGAGCGCAGUGGAUACAAAGCUUUGGUUUUAACUGUUGACACACCCAUGUUUGGGAGAAGACUGGCUGAUACUAGAAAUAAGUUUACCUUGCCUCCACAUCUCAGAAUGGCUAAUUUCAAGCAAGCAGAUUAUAAAUCUGACGGAGUGAAAGGAAGGAAAGGGUCAGGUCAGAGUAAAUUUGCUGCCUCCCUCUUAAAUCCGUCUUUGAAAUGGACUGACGUAAGGUGGCUGAAACAGUUCACAAAACUUCCUAUUAUUGUGAAGGGCAUUCUCACAGGAGAGGAUGCAGUUGAAGCAGUGAGAACAGGUGUAGACGGCAUUGUUGUAUCUAAUCAUGGAGCAAGACAGCUGGAUGGUGUGCCUGCAACGAUUGAUGUUUUACCUGAGGUGGUGCGUGCCGUGAAUGGCCAGUGUGAAGUCUACUUGGAUGGGGGUGUCAGAACAGGCACAGAUGUACUAAAAGCUCUGGCAUUAGGAGCUAAAGCAGUUUUCAUUGGUAGACCUGCACUGUAUGGGCUGGCCUAUGAUGGUGAGGCAGGUGUGAAGACAAUUCUCCAGAUUCUAAGAGACGAGCUAAGCUUAGCCAUGGCCCUAGCAGGUUGUGCCAGCUUAUCUGACAUUAACAGUUCUUUGGUGGUGCAUCAGUCAUAUUAUCUUCAUCCAAAACUGUAAACUGACACAAGCAAGGGGUUGUCUACUAAUGGUACAAGACUGUGAUAACACAGAGAUUUGAUGUGUUUUCAGCCCAAGCCCAAAUUCAUCCAAUUUAAUGAUCACCCUGUAAUACACACUUCCACAUCAUUCUUCAUUAAAAAAGUCCAGAGUUGGCAAAUGGCCACAUAACCAUGAAAAGUAUCAAAAUUUUAGUAGCAUUUUUUAGAAUUUUAUGUUUUUACAUACAUGAAGAUAAUAUUUAGUGAAAAAUUUAAUCAUAUAUGAUAAUGAUGCAUUGUGUGGCCAGUACUACAUCAUUUAUGGUACUUUUACCAAUUGGAGGAAUGAAUAAAUAGGUCACUUUACAACCAAAAUUUUGAAGAAUGUGCAGUUUUAAAGCUAUUUUUGGCAGAACAAAGGAUUGAUUUAUUUUAUGACUUGGCAUGUUGAAUUUAUUUUAGUUGUUUUCGAAACUUGUGGAAGUGGUUUGUAUGCGUCGCUUGAUAUCUCAAUUACUUUAUAUGUGUAUCUUUUUAUAAAUGUUUUUUUCCACUGUAUUCACAUAACUUAUAUAAUUAUUUCAUAGUAUUCACAUAAUCUAUUGAAAUUUAAAGUAUAAAUUAUUUUUUCUUAAACUUUGAUGUUCUUCAAGGCUUCUUUGUUUAUACAUAUAAAUUGUAAAAGGAUAUUUACACAAAAAAAUACUUUUUCAUUAAACACCCAGUUUCAAUGCUUAAAUAAUGUGGUUGAUAUAGCAGGCACAAUGGUACAUUUUGUUGAACAUUAAUUUUACAUGUACCAGCACAUCUGUUAUGAUUCUAAUAAAGAAACAUUAUGUAAACAAG